CAGAAAUACCUCGCCUUUUCCCACGACAACAGCCUUAAUACCAUUCCCCCCCCCCCUCCAGCUUUCAAGAUGGUGCUGGAAGCUACCAUGAUCGUGGCGGAUAACAGCGAAAGCAGUCGGAACGGAGACUAUGUCCCGUCGCGUUGGGAAGCUCAAGCUGAUGCUAUCAACCUCAUCUUCUCUGCUAAGACCCAAGCAAACCCGGAAUCAUCCGUCGGCCUCAUGAGCAUGGGAGGCAACACGCCUGAGAUUCUCACCACCUUGACCACUGAUAUUGGCAAAAUACUUGAUGGACUCCACCGAACUAAGAUAAAAGGAAGUUCCCAUUUCUCGACUGGAAUUAAUGUGGCCGCGCUAGCGUUGAAGCAUCGUCAAAAUAAGUCUCAGAAGCAGCGUAUAGUCGUGUUCACCUGCAGCCCCAUCGAAGAGGACGAAAAGGCCUUAGUCAAACUGGCAAAGCGCAUGAAGAAAUCCACAAUAAGCAUCGACAUCAUUGCGUUUGGCGAGCUCAGUGAGGAUAACCUAAAGAAGCUUCAAGCCUUCAGCGAGAACUGUCAGAGCGCCGAAGGAUCUUAUCUCGCGAUAAUCCAACCCAGCUCGAAUCUGCUCAGCGACUCUCUUGUUACCACACCAAUACUCGGCGGCGAUGGUAGUGCAGGAGGUGCAGGCGCAAGUGCCGCCCGUGCCGAAGGAGGCGAGAGUAGCGGAAAUGCAUUUGAAUUCGGAGUCGACCCGUCGGUAGACCCUGAGCUGGCACUAGCUUUGCGGAUGAGCUACGAGGAGGAGAAGGCAAGACAAGAGAAAGAGAAAAAGGCAAAGGACGCUGCAGAGGGCAAGUCGGAUCUAGGGCAGAUUGCAGAGGGUGACGAGAAGCAACCGCUAUUGGACGAAGACGGCCAGCCUAGCGGAAGCAAGAACAAGGAUAAGGACGGUGAUCCGGACGAGAUGGAUACUGCAUAAAUGGUGUCAUGCAAUUUCUUGGGCUAUGGUCACAACCGAAUCAUAGAAGCACUUCGGGCGUCUUUGGUGUAUGAUAGUGAUGCACUUCGCCGUCGGGCAACGUAUCUCACGGACUCAGGGGGUUCUUCUUGUCAUACCUCAUCCAUUCCAGCUUUACAUUGCUCUCAUCUCAACAGUUGCAUCACAGUGCCAUCAUUCGAUGAAGCUAGCACAAGCACACAAAGAGCAUCGUUCACAUGUGCAACAUUGCAGCAUUGUAUUAAGCUUGGC